AUGGAUCUAGGUCUUCUAUUUGGUACCAUAACUAUGGCGGCUUUGGCUUUGGUUGAUAAUCCAGGUGAUCCUUAUGCUACUACUCUCUUGUGGGAUAUAGAGAGUUCGAGGGUUCAGCCUCAUCAGACGCUCUCGGUGUUCGGUAACCUUGAAAAUUCUCUGACAACCUUGGACAGGAGGUAUUAUCUCUCUCGGACUAAGCUACUCGUAGGAAAUCUGAAUCUGGACUAUAUCAUACCCUAUCAUCACGAGCUAAGAUCAGAUCAUGGCUGCGUCCUGGUCAAUGCCCCACACCGGUUUCGUUACUGCGGUGAACUUGGCUGUAACAAUGUUGUUCAGCAUUCAUGGAACCCUCCACGCCCUUUCGAGAGACCAUAUGAUGUCGCCGACAGAAUUAUGCUUCAACAGGUAAAGCAGCUUAUCUUUGAGAGACGAUUGUGUGACAACAUUUUACUUGCAUCCGACGAUUCGGACUUCUCUUCGACGGUGAAACUGCUCCAACGCAACCGUUACACAGUCUUUAUAGCUGCUUCGAGUAAUGCAAAACCUAGGUAUGUAGGGCUGUCGAAUAAUGCCUGGCUUUGGGACCUGAUGAGCGUCGCUACUACACCAGAACUGAGUCCAGAAGAGUCGGAAGAUAUUCUCUUCAAGGACGUACAGAAUCACAACCUCUUUCUCGCUUUCUCUCAUGGGCUUGUGCUUGUUCUGCUCCCUUCUGCUUGGCUCACGUACUUUUGGAGAAGAGCACUGUCCCUAGGCAUAGAAGUAGACAUUGCGAGACAACGUCUUAGAUUCUGGAUCGGCAGGAGUGCACACUCUCCAUCUUCACAUGACGCCAUGGAAGUUGAGCAAGGGAUAACAGAGCUAAGAAAGCUUCGGAUAGAACGUAGAUUGUGGGAAGCCUCCAGGUCCAACCAGUAG